CAAGUGCCUUUUUAAAGCAAGUGACGGGAGCGGCACGAGCACAUACACGCUCGACCACGUCAAGGGCAACUUCCACACGAGAUGAUCUUCACUGUCUUCCUACUGGUUCAAGUCGUGCUGCUCUACUUUCUCGCCACGCACAGAUCCAGGUCGGAGAGGGAUCCACCACUUGACAAAGGCGCUAUCCCGUGGCUUGGUCACGCAAUUGAAUUCGGAAAAGAUGCAGCCAAGUUCUUGAAUCGAAUGAAGCAGAAGCAUGGCGACAUUUUUACAGUGCGUGUCGUCGGCCGCUACGUGACCGUGCUGCUGGAUCCUCACGCGUACGACUGUGUGAUCAACGACAGCGACUCGCUGGACUUUCAGGGCUAUGCAGACGUGCUCAUGGAGAGGAUUUUCAUGCUGCGCCUACCGCAUCAUCAACCCGCUCACACAAAAGCGCUGAUGAAACGGCACUUCCUGGGAAUUAAUUUGGCCGCACUAAACGGCACCAUGAGCAGACACCUGGAGGCCUUGUUGAAAGCCGAGAUUCCUCCGAACCAGAAAUACUGGAAACAGACGGAACUCUUCGACUUCUCAUACGGAGUUCUCUUCAAGGCGGGUUACCUGACACUCUUUGGAGGAGAACAGAACAAUAACAGCGCUGAUCCUGCCAGCGUCUAUGAUGAGUACCGCAGGUUUGACAACCUUUUAACCAAGGUGGCAAGAAGAAGCUUGAAGCCAGAGGAGAAGAGGACAGUCGAGAGUGCUCGUAACAGAUUGUGGGAGCUUUUAGCGCCGGCGGGUCAGACGGAGGAGUCGGGGUCAAACGCGUGGAUUUACGCCUAUCGGCGACUUCUGCAACGGGAGGGAGCGGACGAGGAGAUGCAGAAACGGGCGCUACUGCUGCAACUUUGGGCCACUCAGGGUAACGUCGGUCCCGCCGCCUUUUGGCUUUUGGGAUUCUUGUUGACAAAUCCUAAGGCGUUGAGUGCGGUGAGGAGUGAGUUCAAGCAGAUUUCCCAGAUGGAAACAACAGAUGCUUCCCUUCUCCACUACCGUGGAAACACUCCGGUCUUCGACAGUGCCUUGGAGGAGACCCUCAGACUCACUGCUGCCCCCUUCAUCACCAGAGAGGUAGUCCAGGAGAAAACCAUUCAAAUGGCAAAUGGUCAACAGUACCAACUGCGAAAGGGAGACCGAGUGUGCUUGUUCCCGUUCACCAGCCCUCAAAUGGACCCUGAGAUUUACACUGAGCCGCAGAAGUUCCAGUUUGACCGCUUCCUGAAUAAAGAUGGAUCGGCGAAAAGGGAUUUUUACAAAGGAGGCAGAAGGCUGAAAUAUUACACCAUGCCGUGGGGAGCAGGGACCAAUGGCUGUGUGGGAAAGCAGUUUGCCAUCAAUACCAUCAGACAGUUUGUGUACUUGGUGUUGGAUAUGGAUUUGGAAUUGUGUGACAUAAACGCUCACAUGCCGGAGAUAAACACCAGCCGUUAUGGAUUCGGGAUGCUCCAACCAAAAGGAGACUUGUUUGUGCGCAUGAAAGCCAGGAAGACGCACUAGGCCUUUGCAGUCCCAACACAAAUCCGUAUGUGCAUGUUAGCGUAGGUGCACUAUGUACAGUUUAAUGUGUCAAAAUUCCCUUCAUACUUUUAUAUUUUAUAUUUAUUUUUCUAUUUAAAAAUAAAUUAAUACAUGUGAAA